AUGGCAAAAAGUGUCUCAAUGCCCAAACGUAAACUGGCUCUAGUCAUCGAAAUAGAUAACUACGAGGAGAACUAUGGUCGUCCGAAGCUAGUUAAUCCCGUUCGCGAUGCUGACUCCAUGGCCAAUACUCUCUUAGAAAUUGGAUUUACAGUCACUUCGACUAAGAACAAAAAAUAUGUUCCACUCAAACGUGAUAUUGACGAUUUUGUACGUUUACUCAAACCCCUGGAUUUGGUGGUGUUCUUCUUUGCUGGACACGCUGUACAAUGGGAAGAUCAAAACUUUUUACUGCCUGCUAACAAUCGAAAUCUUACAAAGGAAAAUAUGACCAAGCGUGCUAUCAAUGCACAAUUGGUCUUAGAAGCAAUGAUGGCUCGAGAUUCGUUUGCAACAAUCUUCUUUCUAGACUGUUGCCGUGUGUAUGAAUUUCGGCAUCGAGAUCUGCCCGAUCCGGGCAGGAGAGGACCAGCAGCAGGCGUAGAAGACAAGUUUAUGCCUAGAGGAAGAUUCAAGCAAAUGCCUACGACGUUCGGCUCUCUCAUUGUCUAUGCGUGCAAAGAGGGCACAACGGCGAGUGAUAAUCAGUUGGAAGAGAAUGGUCUGUUCACAAAGUAUCUGCUUCGAUACAUUGUGCGGUCGAAUGAAACGAUUCACGAUAUCCUGUACGACGUGAUGCGCGAAGUUCACGAGGUUUCACGAGGAAGACAACAACCGUUCUAUAAUGGCAGUCUCAAAGAAAAGGUGUAUCUAUAUACUGAUAACGAAUACAAAGGACUGUCGUCGACAUCAUCCGCUGGCACAAAACACGUUUUGAAGGGGCCACGCACAACAUCAGCCGAUAAAGAAGGUGCCAGUGAUGAUAAUGAUGAUGCAUUAGAAUCCUUCCGGAAAAGAGGACGCUCGAAUAUCUUUUUAAACAAAGAUCAGUUAGAAGAAGAAGUUCGUAAUUAUUGCAAAGAAAAAGGUUGGCCUUGA